AUGGUUGAUACCCUCGAAGAUGACAGAGUGGUGGUGAAUUCUGAUAUGAAAAAGGAUCCAGUUGUUGUUGUUGGUACUGAUGCUCAGCCCGGCAAAGAUCUAGCAGAGUCUGAAAUGCUGCCAGGUACUGAUGCUGAGCUGAACAAAGAUCUGUCCAAUUCGGAAACACUGCCCAACAAGGAACUUCCUGUUAUUAAUGGUGAAGCAGUGGUGGCAUUACUCGACCAAUGUUUGGGCAACUCUGAAGAACCUAUGAAUGGCCAUCAUCCAGAGAAUUGUGAAUUACUAACCAACAACCAACCAGACAAUGCUGAGGCCUCACGGAGCAGUCAGACAGUUGAUUCUAAGGCACUACCCACCAAUCAAUCAGCCAACUCUGAAGAUUUGUCGAACAGUCAGUUGGUUAGUUCUGAAGCACCUCUUGAUAUGAAGGUUUCUCAACCCAGCAACCAGCAGGUGAAUACUGAGGCAUUGCCAAACCAUAUUAAUGCCAGUAAUUCUGAAACACAUACUAGUAAUGAUGUGCUGGUAUCUGAAACACAGCACAGUGAGGAGGUGGUUAUGUCUGAAACUGUGCAAGGCAAUGAGGGGAUCAUGUAUGAGACUCAACAAAGCAAUGAGGUGGUCAUGUCUGAGAUGCUGCCCGACAGUGACGCCCUUAAAACUCAGACAUGCAAUGAUUGGGUCAUGUCGGAAGCUCUGCCUGAAAAUGAGUUGGCCAAUCACACAAGGAAUCAUAACAAUCCGCUCUCCCAUUCUGAAACUGGUCCUGAUAAUCAACUCACAAAUCUCCAUAUGAUUCCUGAAGAUCAGCUGCCUCAAUCUGAAUCACUGCCUCAUUCAGAACCGCUACCUUAUUCUGAACCACUGACAGAUACUCAUCUUUCAGACAUUAAACUGGCCGAUUCCCAAAUGCUGUCUCAUUAUGAGCUGGAAAAUACUGAAACAAUGCACCACAAUCAGAUAGUCAAUUCUCAAGCAAACUACGAAAUGACCUUUUCUGAUGCCAUACCCAGCUGUGAGAUAAUAAAUGCUGAGACACCGCUGAACAAUGAGGAUUGUGUCCCAGAAACACAGCCUAUUAAGCGAAGGAAAAAGAGGUCUAUAGUCUGGGAACACUUCACAAUUGAAGCAGUUAGUCCUGAAUGUAGAAGGGCACGCUGCAAGCGAUGCGCUCAAACUUUUGCCUAUAGUACAGGUUCAAAAGUUGCUGGCACCAGCCAUCUCAAAAGCCACGUGGCCAAGGGGAUCUGCUCAGCUCUUUUACGCAACCAUGACCAUAAUCAGUUGACCCCAUAUACUGCACGAACUAGGGCAAGUGGGGCUGGAGAUGCUAGCGCUACACGUAAAAGACAAUAUAGAUCCCCUAGUACGCCUUACGUCAUUUUUGAUCAAGAUCAAGGCCGCAAUGACAUUGCUAGGAUGAUCAUUAUGCAUGAUUACCCCCUUCACAUAGUUGAGCAUCUGGGAUUUGUUGCAUUUGUCCAAAAUCUGCAGCCCCAGUUCAAAAGGGAGACCUUUAACUCUAUCCAGGGAGAUUGUGUUGCGACUUAUCUGAUGGAAAAGCAACAUCUUUUGAAGUGUAUUGAUGGAUUACCUGGACGUGUUUGUUUGACACUGGAUACCUGGACAUCUAGUCUAUCUUUAGGUUAUCUAUUUAUCACAGGACAUUUUGUUGAUCAUGAUUGGAAGUUGCAGAGGCGAAUUCUCAAUGUUGUAAUGGAACCAUUUCCUGAUUCAGAUUCUGCACUCACCCAUGUUGUAGCUGUUUGCCUUUCUGAUUGGGGGUUGGAGGGUAGGUUGUUUUCUGUCACUUGCAAUAAAGCACUGAGUAAUGUUGCCCUUGAAAAUCUCAGACCAUUACUCUCAGUGAAGAAUCCACUUAUCCUCAAUGGUCAGUUGCUAGUUGGUAAUUGCAUUGCCUGUACUUUAAGUAGUGUUGCAAAGGAUUUGUUGGGUUCAGCACAAGACUUGAUCAAUAAAAUCCAUGAUAGUGUAAAAUACGUGAAGACUUCAGAAUUACAUGCGGAAAAAUUCUUGGAGCUGAAGCAGCAUCUUCAGGUUCCUAGUGAAAGGAGCCUUUUUAUUGAUGACCAAAUUCAUUGGAAUACGUCAUAUCAAAUGCUUGUGGCAGCUUCAGAGCUAAAGACAGUUUUUUCUUGUUUGGACACUUCUGAUCCUGAUUACAAGGGAGCCCCAUCUAUGCAGGAUUGGAAGCUGGUUGAGACCCUCUGUAGCUACUUGAAGCUUCUUUUUGAUGCAGCAAACAUUCUUACUACAACAACUCAUCCCACUACUAUUACCUUCUUUCACGAAGUUUGGAUAUUGCAGUUAGAUGCAGCCCGUGCAGUUACGACUGAAGACCCCUUCAUUAGCAGCCUUAAUAAAAUUAUGAGUGAAAAGAUUGAUGAGUACUGGAGAGAGUGUAGUCUGGUUUUAGCGCUUGCAGUAGUUAUGGAUCCUCGUUUUAAGAUGAAGCUUGUGGAGUUCAGUUUCGCAAAAAUCUAUGGUGAGGAUGCUCAUUUCUUUAUCAGGAUUGUGGAUGAUGGAAUUCACGAGCUGUUUCAUGAGUAUGUAACCAAUCCCCUACCACUAACACCAGCGUAUGCUGAAAAUGGAAGUGCUGUGUUGUCAGAUAAUGGUCUUAAAGAUUUUGAUGCCUACAUCAUGGAAACCAGUAGCCAACAGACGAAAUCUGAGCUAGAUCAGUAUCUUGAAGAAUCACUGUUACCACGCGUACCAGACUUUGAUGUAUUAGGUUGGUGGAAGCUAAACAAAAUCAAGUACCCUACUGUUUCCAAGAUGGCCCGGGAUAUAUUAUCUAUUCCGGUCUCUACUGUUGCUCCUGAUUCUGUGUUUUAUUCAAAAAGCAAAGAAAUGGAUGAGUAUAGGAGUUCCUUGCGGCCAGAGACAGUGGAGGCCCUUGUAUGUACUAAGGACUGGAUGCAGUAUGAAACAACAGCUAAGCUUCUAAUGCGCUAG